UUGUGUGUGUGUUACAGGAAGAUGUGGUGGAGAUAGAGUAUGUGGAGAGGUUCACCGCUCCCCAACCAGAGGAGUGUAUGAUGCAUGAUGACUGGAUCAGCUCAGUGGAGGCAGACUCUGAAUGGAUCCUGACGGGUUCCUACGAUAAGACGGCCAGGAUCUGGUCUCUGGAGGGCAAGGCUGUGAUGACGGUGGCCGGACACACGGACGUGGUGAAGGACGUGGCCUGGGUCAAGAGAGAUGGCCUGACCUCCCUGCUGCUCACGGCCUCUCUGGACCAAACCAUUCUGCUGUGGGAGUGGAACUCUGAGAGGAACAAGCUGAAAGCUAGACACUGUUGCCGUGGACACGCUGGGAGUGUUGACACUAUCGCCACGGAUCCCACACGCACUAAGUUCUGCAGUGGUUCCUGGGACAAGAUGCUGAAGAUCUGGUCUGCAGUGGCCACAGAGGAGGAAGAGGAGGAGGUAGAGGAGCCUCCCAGCAGACCCAGAAAGAAGCAGAAGACUGAACAGCUGGGACUGACCAGGACACCCCUCAUGACUUUGUCUGGUCACAACGAGGCAGUGUCGUCUGUCCUCUGGUUGGACAGCGAGGAGAUCUGCAGUGCAUCCUGGGACCACAGCAUCCGCCUCUGGGACGCCGAGACCGGAAGCAUGAAGACCACACUGGUGAGAGACUCUAACUCUAGACCACACUGGUGAGAGACUCUAACCCCA